CCGUAGCCGGGGCGGCCGGCCUCUGGAACCAGAAGGUAGGGAGGUGCGGGAACCGACACCCCUAGAGGGUGUUGGCACCCCUGCGCAGGCCUUCAACAAGACAGUCGCUAUUGUUGGAGCCCUGGCCGCUCGUUCAGGGGGUGAGCGUGGGCUUCCCGAAAGAGACUAAGAACCUUCCCGCUCCGUGGUUCCAGGGUCUCCACAGCUCCCCGGAGGGCCCAGUCUUCCCUGCGAGUCCGAGGGGCCUCGUUCCGAUCUCCACAAGCUGCCGCUCCGGGGCGCCCUCCAGCUGGUGCUGAGACUGUCCCGGCAGAUGUGCAGGAGGCCAGGUGGGAGAAAGUCCCCAGCCGGUCCCGGGCUCAUAGGCGACCCUUCCGUACGUGAUUCUCGGCUGGAAGCUCGGAAACUCGUGGAGUGGGAGGGGAUUGAGGGAAGAAAGAAGAAAGGAGCUUUCUGGCGCCCGGACCUGACGCGGAACUCGGUGCCUUCCUGGGGUCCCUGCUUGGUCCCUCCCAGCGGAGGGGCCUCCUGUAGGUGCCCUUAUGAGUCGUGGACCAGGUGAGGACCGUCUCCUCCCCAGUCUCCCUCACACCUGUCGAGACGAUCCCGCAACCAGCCCUUAGGGUUGUCCCUCACCGCAGCCUCCCCAGGCUGACCCAGCUCCAGAGGAGCGCUUCCGGCGCCGCAGCUUGCGAAGCUGUGGGAACUGCACUACCCCCAACGUCCCGCGCAGAGUAGAAGGUGCAGAGCCAAUGAGCACUCACAAAAGCUUCAGGAGCCAGGAUUUCAGGUCAAGCUGACGAGACUAAGAAGGCGCGAGGGUAGGGGUCAUCCCCACUGCAGGCCGGCUGCUCUGAGGGUCUGCAGCGGUGGCGAUAGCCCUGCCCAAGUACCCCUUUCAUCCCGUCCUGGUCACCACCACUCCCGGUUCCUCUGGGUCCUGAAUCUGCAGGCGGCUUCAAUUAGGGACCCGGCCCAGAUUUCCAUGACUACAGAAGCACUUAUGGACUGUACCAAGGGCUGUGUGACCUUUGAGGAUGUGGCCAUUUACUUCUCCCAGGAUGAGUGGGACCUCCUUGAUGAGGCUCAGAGGCUCCUCUACUUCAAUGUGAUGCUGGAGAACUUUGCACUUAUAGCCUCACUGGUUUGUUGGCAUGGAACAGAUGAUGAAGAGACAACGCCUGCACAGACUAUUUCUGCAGAAAAAGAGUCACCAGUUAGAACUCUGAAGGCAAGUUCAUCCAUCCAGGAAACUCACCCCUGUGAGAUGUGUAUCCCAAUCCUGAGAGACAUUUUGCAUUUGGCUGAUGUAUGUGGGCAGAAACCAUACUUCGAUGGGACAUGUGCAAUACCUCACCAGGACCAGAAGCAACACAGUCCAGAAAAUCAAUUAAAAAGAGACUUAGAUAGGGCCUCUUUUGUGAAAAACUGCAUAUUCCAUGUGUCUGGGAAUCCCUUCCUCUGUAGAAAGAUUGGAAAGAACUUCCCAGCCCAUGGGUGCCUUCUCCAGCCUCAGGUCACAUCCAGAGAUGAGAAGCUAAAUAAAAUCAGUGAGUGUGGGGAGAUUGUUCACUGUGGAAAACGUCAUUACAAGUCAGGUGGCUGCAGAAAAGAUUCCAACUGUAAACAUGCUCUUGUUCAACACCCAGAAGUCUUCAUUAGAAAAAGAAUUUAUGAGUCUAGCAAAUGUGGAAAAGCCUUCCAAGACAAGUAUUCUCUUGUUCCCUUCCAAAGAGUCUGCACUGGAGAAAGGCCUUAUGAGUGCAAUGAAUGUGGAAAAUCUUUUAGCCAAAAAGCUACUCUAAUUAUACAUCAGAGAGUUCAUACUGGAGAAAGGCCAUUUAAGUGUGGUGAAUGUGGGAAAUCUUUUAGUCAAAGCUCCAACCUUAUUGAACACUGUAGGAUUCACAGUGGAGAACGGCCUUAUGAGUGUAGAGAAUGUGGAAAAGCCUUUGGGUGCAAAUCUAAUCUUGUGCGGCACCAGAGAACUCACACAGGAGAAAAGCCGUAUGAAUGUGGUGAGUGUGGGAAAUUGUUUAGACAAAGCUUCAGCCUUGUUGAACACCAGAGAAUUCACACUACAGCAAGGCCUUAUGAGUGUGGCCAGUGUAAGAAAUCCUUUAGUCAAAAAGCGACCCUUAUUAUACAUCAGAGGGUUCACACUGGAGAAAGGCCAUAUAAGUGUAAAGAAUGUGGGAAAUCUUUUAGUCAAAGUUCCAACCUUAUUGAACACUGCAGAAUUCACACUGGAGAAAGGCCUUAUGACUGUGGUGAAUGUGGGAAAUCCUUUAGUCAAAGAGCCACCCUUAUUAGACACCAGAGAAUUCACACUGGAGAAAGGCCUUAUGGAUGUGGGGAGUGUGGGAAAUUCUUUAGACAAAACUUUAGCCUCAUUGAACAUCGUAGAAUUCACACUACAGCAAAAAAUUAUGAGUGUGACCAAUGUAGGAAAUCUUUUAGCCAAAGAGCCACCCUCAUUAGACACCAGCGAGUUCACACUGGAGAAAGGCCUUAUGAGUGUGGUGAAUGUGGGAAAGCUUUUGGGUACAAAUCUAAACUUGAUCGACACCAGAGAACUCACACUGGAGAAAGGCCUUAUGAGUGUGGGGAAUGUGGGAAAUUCUUUAGGCAAAGCUAUAGCCUUGUUGAACACCAGAGAAUUCACACUAGAGCAAGGCCUUAUGAGUGUGUCCAGUGUGGGAAAUCCUUUAGCCGAAGAGCAGCCUUCAUUAAACACCAGAGAGUUCAUACUGGAGAAAGACCAUAUAAGUGUGGUGAAUGUGGGAAGUCCUUUAGUCGAAGCACCAGCCUUAUUCAACACUGCAGAAUUCACAGUGGAGAAAGGCCGUAUGAGUGUGGCCAGUGUGGGAAAUCAUUUAGGCAAAAGUCUGUCCUCAUUCAGCACCAGGUAGUUCAUACCGGAGAAAGGCCCUAUGAAUGCAGCAAAUGUGGGAAAUCAUUUAGCCAACGCUCCAGCUUCUUUCAACACCAAAAAUGUCACAACAUGUAGAGGCCUGAUGAAGUCAGCAAAUGUGAAAAAUCCUUUGGCCCAAAGGUCAAUGUUCAGUAUCAGGAAGACUACAUUUGAGAAAGGAACUGCAGGAAAUGUGCCCUUUGUUCAGAGUGAUUAGGGAUCCUUUGUGAGGGAGCCAUGUGUGUGAAGUUGAACCUAUUAAUUCUAACCAUCCAGAGGGGUGAAAUUUCCUAUGAGUUCCAGGUAUAUGUUAGGCGUCCACAAGCUGCUGCUUUGCACAUUCUCAAAGGUGAAAGAGUUAUACGAUCUAAAGAGAAACCAGAGGGUGGCACCUGUGGUUCAAAGGAGUGGGGCACUGGCCCCAUAUACCAGAGGUGGUGGGUUCAAACCUAGCCCCUGCCAAAAACUGCAAGAAAAGAGAGAGAGAGAGAAACCAGAGUAUUGCUUUGCACAUUAUAGAUGCCCAAGACCCUUGCCAGAGCUCAGUCACUGCUGGUUUCUCAAUAUAAGCUAUCACCCCCCUUGCACCUUGCAUAACGGGCUUCAGUAACCCUGAUAUCCCAAGGCAAGACAGGUGUUUGUGCUCUCCUCAUUUUUCUAAAGGAAUUUUGAAUAGCCUCAGCCCUUCGAGUGAUUUUAUUUCCUUUCCAAAUGCGCCAUGGAUCGCCUGUGUUUUGACUAAAAGCAUCCUGUCUGCGUUCAGUUCAAGGUGUGAAGGGAAAGAUAGUCUUCAUGGAAAUUCUUGGUCUCACAUGACCCUUGUGUUGAUGUUUUCAGGCUCCAAAUCACUCACUGGUAACUUCCUGUCUAGCAUUGUUCUGGUUGUGCACAAAUAAAG